CCGGCCGCUGCCGAGCGCCGGGCAAGAAGAAUUAUUUUUUUCUGAUCCGAAGCAGCAGCCCGCCCGUGCCGACAUUCGUCUGCACCAUGUCUGACACAUACUCAGCAAACACACUACUUUCCACCUUCCUCCGCAUCACCGAGGAUCGGAUCGUGCCGUUAACCCGCGCUGGCGUCUCUUCUGGCAGUAAAGUGUUUGGUGCUGCCAUCCUUACUCGGUCAGAUCUCAGCCCGGUCACGGUUGCAACCAACAAUGAGCGUGUAUCUCCGCUUCUCCAUGGCGAGAUCAACUGCAUCCAGGAGUUCUUCGCUUCCUCGCCCGAGGGCCGUCCGGCCACCAAGGACUGCCUAUUUUUCUCGACCCACGAGCCGUGCUCUCUGUGCCUGAGUGGGAUUGCGUGGGCAGGAUUCACUGAGUUCUACUAUCUCUUCACCUACGAGGACAGCCGGGAUCUAUUCUCCAUCCCCUACGACAUCGACAUCCUCGAACAAGUCUUCCGUGUGCCGGCCCCUUCGGACACCCCAGCGACUCUGGCUGCCAGGCCUCUCUACAACCGGAAGAACAAGUUCUUUGCUGCUAAAAGCCUGGCCGAUCUUCUCGAGGGUGUCACAGACGCGGCCGAGCGGAAGCGUCUUGGCGACGAAAUUGUCAGGGUAAAGGAUCUUUACAAGAGCCUCGACGCAACCUAUCAGGAAUGGAAGAAGUUAGGGGCAGAGAGCGCAAGUGUGUGGAAAUGAUGGUUCCCUCCAAAAUAUGCACCAGCAGUGUCGUGUCCGCUUCUGCAUGCUAGUCGGAAGAGCAUGUAUAUUUGGCGAGGGAGUUGGAAGGAAAUGCGCAAUCUCCGAUGUCACCGAGUCUGAACAUGACGGAAAUCGCUUCAAGAUUUGACAGUAUCACAUGCGAUUGGGGCAUCCGAGCACAAGAGGUGCAACCAUUCCCUCCUGAACACUACUGGCUGCGACAGCCUCUUCAACUCCCGCCCGGGGCCUGGAGUCUGUGGCUGCGGCUGCAAGACGGACACUGCGCUCCUUCCCAGCUACCGGAUUCUCUCAUGUUGACAGCUUGAAGUCUGCAACCGCAGACAUCUGCCAUUU